AAUACGAGAGUCGAUAGAAACUUGCCGAGACUACAAGUUUCGGUUCCUUAUCGAGCAUUUUCAAUACAAUUGUGUCCGUAUCAGUGAAAGUCGAUGCGUUCCUGGAAAUGCGAACGGAUUGAGUUUCAUGUUCUCUUUUCUGCAGCAGAAUAUUUCAGUGGCUUUUUCAGAACUUCAUUCUAGUGGCGACAGUUUGCCUUUGCUGUAUGGCAAGAACCAAGAGCACAAGUUUAUUGCAGAUCUACUGCAGGGCUUGUUCCUCGGGUUUAUUGCAGAUCUACUGCAGGGCUUGUUCCGCGGGUUUAUUGCAGAUCUACUGCAGGGCUUGUUCCGCUGCCACUGCUGCUGCUGCUGUCAGUGGAUGUACAGUCAGUUCUGUGACUGUUGGAGAGCCAGAGAGACCAAGCUUCAAGAGAGGACAUGAGAUGAUCAUGAUGAUGGUACACAGAACACGGAUUGUCAAGUGCACCGUGCAGUGAAGUCACUCCACAACACGAUUUGAAGCCGGGAAGAACGACUCCAAUGCCAUCAGGGGGAAGUCGGUGUCUCAUCUUGCCAGCAGGUGCUAGGGAUAUCGUGGCUUCUUCGUUGACCUUGUAUGCAUGGAUGUAUACGAAAGGCAGGGCAGUGCCAGCAGUGGGGGUGGAUACAGCAACACUGCUGCCGUCCGCCCUGGUGCAAGUGGUGCUGGUGUUGGCCCUUCCUUUCAUGCUGCAGACAAUAAUCUAGCAACACCAAGACAUCCUGAUGACGACAAAACCAGCAGCCUGCCCAAUGAUCAUGUGACCCACAUGACUGGCAAUGAUCAUGUGACACAGAGGACUGCCAAUGAUCAUAUGACCCAGAGGACUGGAAAUGAUCAUGUGACCCACAUGACUGGCAAUGAUCAUGUGACCCACAGGACUGGCAAUGAUCAUGUGACGCAGAGGACUGGAAAUAACCAUGUGACCCCGAGGACUGGCAUUGAUCAUGUGACUCGCAGGACUGGCAAUGGUCACACAAGAUCCGGGAGUGGAAUGCCAUUGUGUGACAAUAAGAGCAAAGGAGGAUAUCCACCCGAAAUCGUGAUUGGUUCUGUGGAGAAGAAACACAUGUGUUCGUUUUGCUCAUGUAUACUACGUUAUCCAGUGCAAGUUGGAUGUGGGGAGCGCUACUGUUUGCCGUGUUCUGACACAUUGCUCAGCUAUCCCGCUCCGAAAUGUCCGCUCUGCAAAGAAGAACUAGACAGGAAGAUGCAGUUCCGCGACAUGUUUGCCGAGCGUGAAAUACUCAGCCUACGUGUGGUAUGUGUGAAUUCCAAGAGAAGUUGCCCGUGGUCUGGUGUACUGAAGGAUUGGGAGGACCACAAUGCUACAUGUGCAUACAGGCUAGUGCCAUGUCCUAAUGGCUGCAGAGAGGAUAUCACCCAGUCGCAGAGAGACAGACAUUGCAUGCAUGACUGCAUGUAUCGCACUGUCGACUGCCCUCAGUGCAAUGCUGCUAUAGCAGUAGCAAGAAUAGACGAGCACAGACGUGAAGAAUGCGCAGCAAGGCCAGUCCUAUGUCCCUACUGCACUUCCAUGAUGAGCUCUUCAGAGCAGCUGACAGUUCACUUGGAAAGUCAGUGUCCAGAAUACAUAGUCACUUGUCAGUAUGGUGAUCAAGGCUGCCAAGUCAAGAUACCAAGACGUGAUAUUCCCCAGCAUAUGCAGACUUGUGUGGCAGAGCACUUGUCAUUAGUGCAUGCUUCUUUCUUACUGGAGAAACAAUAUCGCAUCAAGCUGGAAGAUAUCGUCAAGGCUACAAGUGGACAAUUGGCAGAUGUACGAGAAGAAAUGCAUCAGAUGUCAGAGAAGAUGGCAGAGCUCAUGCAGACAAAGGAUGAGACGAAAACUGAACUAGCAGGAUUGGCAAGGGCACAAGGAGGUCAUGAAGUACAAAUGGCAGACAUGAACCUGAGGAUAGAUAUUGUUGAUGUGAAAACCACAAAUGGUGUUCUGAUUUGGAAGAUUGGUGACAUAUCUCGACGUCGUCGUGAAGCAAUCAGUGGCAAGACACCCAGUCUAUACAGUGCACCAUUCUACACAUCUCCAUGUGGAUACAAGAUGUGUGCCAGGGUGUAUCUCAAUGGAGAUGGAAUGGGCAAGAAUUCCCAUCUCAGCGUCUUCUUCGUUCUAAUGAGAGGUGAAUAUGACGCUCUGUUGCCCUGGCCGUUUCAACUUCGCGUUACCAUGAUGCUGAUAGACCAGAGUGAUAGCGUUGUCAAGCGUAACAUCACCGAGGUCUUUAAGCCUGACGGACGAUCGGCAUCGUUCAAACGUCCCAUCUCGGAUAUGAAUACAGGCAGUGGAUGUCCGAUGUUCGCCCCGGUCUCCAUUCUGGAAUCGCCGACAUACGUCAAGGGCAACACACUCUUCAUCAAGGUAUCUGUGGACCGAACAAUGGCGCAGUUCAGCCCGCCCGAUUCCGAGCGGGCAUGAUAUGCAACCACACAAUGGGCAAAUGUACAUACGGUAAACGACAUAGCAAUUUCAACUGCAUCACAUCUCUGGCAAUCAAGAAUUGCCAUUCGCCACAGCAUUCUUCGCAGCGUAACUUGGCACACAGCACCCUCGACAGCAUUCCACACAUCAUAUUAGGCUAGCAUUCCACACCAAAGUCAUGAGAACAGACUAAAUAAAAAAGGAGGAAAGCAAAAAAUAUAUAAAACAAGAAAAGCAAGAAAAAAAGCCAGAAUUCUUGUCAACAAAGAACGUACCUUUUCGAUGCAUCCGGAAUCAUUCCAGCUACCCAUCCCAUGAAACUGCAUGCAAAGCAAUUGGUUAGUGGCCUUCUCAAAACAAUAUCGUUUUUGACUUGAAAUUCGUGUUUAGCUUGUCGUAGAAAACCCCUCUCCCCCUCGCCCCCCCCCCCACCCUCCCUCCUCCCUUCCCCCUUCCUCACCCCUGCAUCAACAUCUGCAUACAUAUUUCUAUGAUCGCUAAUGCUGUGUGCAUUAGAGUGGGAUACAUCCUUGAAAUCUAGACAUUCAUUUCUCAACAUGCAACUCUGCAUUAUCCUGUUAAAUUCCCCUCUCCAAAUUUGCCCAUGGCUUGGGGAUGUGGUAGCACCGCUGGUAUUCACACCACCACACGCAGGCCUAGAGCAUUGCGCUCUCUGCCGCACCAGCGUGCUGAAAUUGUUAUGGCCGUAUUGCCCAUACACCGCUCAUUGCUCGCUCCCUCCAACCUACCUUUUUUGAGGAGUUUUGUUAUCAGUUUGUUCUCUAACAAAACCACUCCAUAUCACCAUGGUAAUAUCCAUGACGACGGUCAUCCUGAUUUUCUAGACCAGCUUGGCUACAUCUUCAGUUGAAGGCAUUAUCGGCAUUGCCGAAGACCACAAUACAAGCUGCUCAGAGGUAGAUAACUACAUCGGUAUCAGCUUGGCAACAGCCAGCAACAAAGCCACAGCAGCGAAAACCUAACCGAACCGAUACGAGCCGAUUUCGCUUCAGCUUUCAGUCAGCCGGAUGCUGUCAGCUUUGCCGGUGAAAGCUCAGUGUGUUGCACAUGAUGAUGUGCUGUCAACAGCAUCAAUGCACGCACGCUGCUUGUGGAGUCCAGUCACGUGAUUGUCAUCAUCAUUCACGUGACCGUCAGUCACCUGAUCAUGUUCAAUCACGUGAUCACCAUCAGUCACGUGACCAUCAUCAGUCAUUGAUCCGACCAUCAUCACUCACAUGACCAUCAUCAGUCACGUGAUCACCAUUAGUCACUUUGACCAUCAUCAUUCACGUGAUUGCCAUCAGUCACGUGAUCACCAUCAGUCACUUUGACCAUCGUUAGUCACGUGAUCACAAUCAGUCACUUUGACCAUCGUUAGUCACGUGAUUGCCAUCAGUCACAUGAUCAUCUCCAACCACGUGAUUACCAUCAGUCAUGUGAUCAUCAUGACCAUCAUCUAUCACGUUCACAUCAUCAGUCAUGUGACCGCCUUCUUACAUAGAACUUACAGAUGGCAUGCGAAUGCCCUACUAUCUUCUUUUGUUUCUUUUGUUUUACUCUGCAUUUGGUUUUGGCUCAAGUCCAGUUUUGUGUAAACGUAGGUUUGUUUUAGGUGAUUUUCACCUCCAUUCCCAUUCCAAUAUCAUGUUAUCUCAGACACA